GCGAAACUUGACGACGAACCUCUAGGAGGACGCCCUACUUGCUCCAAUCGACCCAUUGAACGAUUCACCAUGAAGGGCGAACGGCUCCGGGCGUCCCUCGAGAUGCUCCUGCGGACCAGCAACACCUUUUCGCGAGCUGGGCAGAUCCGAUUCCUGCACAAGACGAGACCGUUACCCCCGAUCCCCAAGCCUGUUCCCUUCGUACCCGAUGUGCCGACCUUCUUGACGUUGAUCGGCCGCGGCCUCAACAAGUAUGCCAGCAAGUUCCCCUCAUGGGACGCACUCUUCUCCCUCACCUCGCCUCAACUCAAAGAGCUCGGCAUCGAACCCGCUCGCACCCGUCGAUACCUUCUGCAAUGGAUGCAACGAUACCGCAAGGGCGCACUGGGACCCGGUGGAGACUUCCGAUACGUCGAGAAUGGAGAGGCCAUCUUGAAGAUUGCCACCCCCCCCGCCUCGAUGCUCCACGACGGCAAGUACGCUGUCAACGUCCCCCACACCGAUUCUGUCGAUGUUGCGGCCACCUCUGUCUUGACCAGGCCGGUGGGCUACCGGGUGCAAGGUCUCAAGACGAUUGUGGGACCCUACGCCACCCCACUACCCGGUCUGUCUGGAGCGGUUGUCAAGGUCACGGAGGGUAUGUGGGAGCACCGCCAGGGUCGCAAGAUUGACGGUGGUGAGCGAAGAAGGGCUGAGGUUCAGUUCAAGAAGCGAUCCGCUGAGCGGAGAGCCGAGCGGGAGGCCGAGAUGUUGUCAAACAUGUAAAAGUGCAUUGGAAGGCGAAGGGAACGUCCCGUGUACAUUAAGACUGUAGUUAUAUCAGGACCUGUCUUGGUCUCAUGGACUCGAUUUGAACAAGGCCAAUUUCACGAAGGGCUAUAUGCACCCUUCUUCGUUGGUUGAUGCGCCUAGUCAUGACAUACCUUAUUAAAGCAAUGUGUAGAAAACCACGUGGAGUUGCGCAUGAUGACCAUCUUAUUUCCCAC